AUGGACGCGAACAAGGCGGCCUCGGUGCUGCGCAAGAUCGAGGACCUCAACGAGAACCACGAGAUCUCCAUCAUCAGGCUGAGCGAGCCCAUAUCGAGCGCCGUCGCGCAGGAGUCGCGGCAGCAGCGAACCUCGGACGCGUCCAACGCCUCACAGGAUGCGGCGACGCCUGCCAGCCUGGACGCCGACCUCGAGCACUACAAGGAGCUCUUUGCGAAGCUGCGGUUCUCCUACGUCGAGCAGGUCACCAAGGAGAAGUUCAUCCGCGCCAUCGUCGGCGACCCGCCCGUCAUCGUCUCGCCUCAGGAGAACGUCGAGCUGGAGAAGGCGAACCUGGCGGCCAAGGCGCAGCUCAAGGCGCUCAAGGUCGAGGUGGCGGAGCUGGUGACGGAGCUGGAGAGGAAGGGCAAGGAGCUGGCGAAGCGGUACGAGAGCGUGCGGCUGGACACGGCCAAGCUUCGGGAACUCCCCGACAAGAUUGCCGAGCUGGAGGAGCGCGUGGCCGAGCUCAAGGAGGCUCAGGAGCCGGGGCAGAAGCCGUACAUGAACCUGCCGCUCGCCAAAACGCUCGAGCUGGUGGACGAGAAGAAGAGGCAGCAGCAGCAGCUAGACCGCGAGCUGGAGCAGCUACAGGCCAAGGUACCUCGGAAGAGAAAGGAAGCCGAGAGGUUGCAGGCCGAGCUGCAGCCGCUGGAGGCCAAGAGGCAGAACAGCAAGAUGGCCGCGAAGGAAGCGCAACGGCGGAAGGAGGGCGCCGGCGGCGACGCGGAUGAUCUCGAGGAGCGGGGCCGGUGGUUGAGGGCGAGCGAGGCGGCGCUCAAAAAGAUGCUCGACAUUCAAGCAUGA